GGACCAAUCGCCAUUUAUUUCUUGUUGUGAUUACCUGUUUGAUACCUGAUACCUGAUACCUGAUACUAGAUCAACAAUGUUAUAAUAAAAUCAUCCAUAUUGUUUUAGAUACUUCUAUAAACAUAUUCUUGAAUUAUUCCUCGAGUUUAAAUCUCCAAGAUCACUGUUGUAUCAGUGUAGGUACUUAGGUUUUCUGAAUGACUCCCUUGAUAUUGAACAAAAAAAGAGGGGCUUCCUUUGUUCGUCUCGACUUUUUAAAAAUCUUUCAUAUGUAAAAUUUACCGUUCUUCAUCCAUAUUCAAGUGAUGAUGUUCACGAAGACUCGGUACUUUACCUAAGUAAGAGGAUUAAAGGAUCAGGAAUACUUUGGUACGUGAGUAACUACUUUUGGUAAUUUAUAUAUAUUAGGUAUAUAUAUUAAAUUAGAGAGGUAUUACAACGACGGACCGCUCAGACGGCGUCAUAAAAAGAAAAAUAAUAAGGGGGUAGAUCCCGGCUGGUUGGAUACGACUGCGCCACUCCCGAGAAAUAUCAAUUCAAUUAAAAGGCCUCCGAUAAGUGUGGCUCGUUACAAGGAAGGAGAACGCAAUCUCCCGGACUCUCCUUGGCGACUUCUUCCCGUAGUCUUGUCAUGUUCCACUUCUCAAUUCUCGGGGUCAACUAAAAAGUUUUACAGUUCGCUCGUUUUAUCAUUUUCUUCAUGACCAACAUUUUCUGUUCAAGAUGUUGCCGCGACUAGCGAGCCGGAUUACCCCUUUUAGAGGGUCAGCACGUAAGCGCCUCAAUGCUACGUCGACACGCGCUGGCUUGGUUUGGCCCCCACAGCGAUUGUUCUCCACAACAAUGAGGAUGAGGUACCAGAUUGGCCCGGAACCAGAGGCGAGACAGUCCUUAUUCUCUAAAAUGGGAGAGACCGCUGCCACUACUCUUGCUUCGGUUGUAGUUUUGGGUCUUGGCUUCGCCGGCGCUGGUUACGCCUAUCAUCAGUCGUACAAGUGGUUGCAACUUCAGAAGAUUCAACACGCGUUCGAGCCAGGAGCCGAGCCAAUUCUAGCAUUGGCUGGUAAAAAUGUACCAGUACCACCCAAUUGGGUUGUCCGAGAGGAGCAAGCCAGGAUAGACAAUAUUAUCGCGGGGAAGGAGACGGGCCAUUAUUACCUCCUAAUGGGUGAUAAAGGAUGCGGGAAAAGCAGCAUGCUGAUCGAAGCAAUGAGAAAAGUGGAUGGAGACGGAUGUGCCAUGCUUGAAGCAUCUAACAGCGUCGAAGUAUUCCGCAUAAGGCUAGGCAAGGCAAUUGACUACGAAUAUCAUGAAGAUUAUAUCGGAGGUUAUUUCAGCGAGCGCGGACCCAGAGAAUCCACGGCGCUCCUCGACAUAGAGAGGGCGAUGAAUAAAUUGGAGAAAGUGGCACUCAUAAACCGGGCGAAGAAGAAGAAGCCCCUGCUUCUCAUCAUUAACCAGAUUCAUUUAAUCCGAGACGACGACGAAGGCAAAGAUUUAUUAGAGCUACUUCAGCACCGAGCAGAAGCGUGGUGUGCUUCAAAUCUCGUUUCGGUCGUCUUCGCGACUGAUGAUUAUUGGAUCUAUGAGCGAUUAAAGCGGCGUGCCACAGAGCGAAUGGUUGUUAUGCCAAUUAACGAUCUUCCGAAACCCCAGGCGAUAAUGGCACUACAGAGAUAUAGACACCGUUACUUCGCGGAAGACGUACAUACGUCUAUCCUCGAAGAGGUCUACGAUAGAGUUGGCGGUCGGCUCUCCUUUCUGAACCGAGUAGCUAAGUCGCAGGAUAUGCUUGCUACAUGCGAUAGCAUUAAAGAGAUUGAGAAGACGUGGUUUUUGAAUUCUUGCGCCAUACUUGGAUCGGAGAUGGACGAUGAUGUAAUGGACCAGCAAAAGUUCUCGUCAGCUUCCAUGGUACUCGCAUUAGCCCUUGUUGACAAAGAAGGCGAGAUGGAAAAAACCUACGACCCGGAGACAGGGCAUAUUCUCCCGCAUUUUCCGAUGCACAAGGCGCAAGAAAUCAUGACUCGGGCGGAUUUCAUCCGGGAACUUGACCGAUUAAAUCUUUUUACCAUAGACAGCGAAGCUCACGUACGCGCUAGCUCCGUACCCAUGCAGCGCGCAUUCAGGGAGAUAUGUUCCGAGCCCGGGUUCCGAGAAUUCCUCCAAGAUACUCUUGACCGGAUUGCUGCUAUUGAGAGUUUGGGCCGCACAAGGGAAUUAGUCGCAAAAGACCUAGUGCUCGGCGGGAAGUACCGUGUUUCAACCCGCUGGGAUGGUAAGAUCGAGGUUCAACUAGAACAGGGGAAGAAAGAUUAAGGAUUGGGGAAAAUUCCAAUGUGAUUUUCGACUACCACGCGAUGCAAUCGUCAGCUGCAAGGCCAGCUUUUCCUUUGUUGGAUCAAAAGAGGCAUAGAGUUUGUAUCAUUACUGUACCAUAUCACGCGCCAACGUCUAUAAUUAUUUUCUCUGUACAUCGUAUUAUCCUUUCUGCAAUUUGAUAUUCGGGUUGGAUUUUUUUCGGUGCUAGAUGGGCAUCUUACAGGCGCAACCACACGGUUCGAUAUUUCAUAGUUCGGAAUUAGAUAGAUAGCCUUAGAUUAUCAAACUUACCAAAUGGAU